AGUGCCGUCGUGAUUGUAUUGACGUCCGGUGCGGGGGGUCAGAGCUAAUUUUUUAGCCUCGUUGGAUUGGGGCAUGAAUAAUAAUAUAAUAAUGGAGUUAUUACAAAGUGCUGUAACUUCAAAUAACUUUGGACUGCGAAAAAAGUUCCCAUGGAGUGUACGUCACAACGCAGAUGUCGACGCAAAAAUAGACAGCAGGAACAUACGGCCCAAUGAAGUACAGUUCUUAGUUGACCAUUUGGGCAGCCGAUUAUCCAUCACAGAAGACACCUUCAUAGGUAGAAUUGAAAACCCUUGCUUAUGGUCACGCUACGUUCUACACUACGAGGAAAUGAAGGCAAACUCGACAGCUAGCGAAGUUACAGAGCACAUUGUUUUACAUGCCACCUCGAUAUCGGCUGCGUACGAAAUAGCAGACAACAACUUUGACUGGAGGCUUGUAAAGCGUUAUCGCUUCGGUCGCGGUGUUAGCUUCGCCAAAGACGUGGACUAUGCCGCUACUCAGGCAACAAGGAAAGGUGCCUAUAUUAUUGCUGGUAUACUUGUUGCUGCAAGUAAAGUAGGGAACUUUGGUACCCAAAUACCACCUGGCACUUUCGAUACUACAACAAACAGAGCAAAGAGUGUUUAUGUUAAAUAUUACGACAAUGACUUUUAUCCCUACUACAUAGCUUACUGAGAAGUUUUU